CCGAUUCAGGGGGACCCCAUCACGCAGGUCAUGCCGCCGCUGCUGGUCCUGUUCUUCGUGCUGGGCGCCCUGGGCAACGGCAUGGCCCUGUGCGGCUUCUGCUUCUGCAUGAAGACCUGGAAGCCCAGCACCAUCUACCUGUUCAACCUGGCGGUGGCUGACUUCCUCCUGAUGGUCUGCCUGCCCUUCCGGACCGACUACUACCGCCGGGACCGGCGCUGGGCCUUCGGGGACGCGCCCUGCCGGCUGGUGCUCUUCAUGCUGGCCAUGAACCGGGCCGGCAGCAUCGUCUUCCUCACCGUGGUGGCGGGUGCUCGCUGCACCUAG